ACGACUCCUCGAAUGCCGCUUAUUCAAACGCCGUCGCGUAAAUAUGACGCAAUGCACAACUUCCGCUAGGAGCGUUAGCGUCUCAAUCUGUUUCCGAACUCUCUAGAGCUUCAAAGUGAAAGUACUGAGAGAGGAGCCAUGGCUUCCAGCAGGAGUUUCAGUGACAGUUUCAUCGACGAGGAUCCACAGAGAGCUCUUGAGGAGCUAAAUGAAGCUUUGAAAGAGAGAUCUGAUAAUGCGAAAUGGCUCUGCCAGCGAGCUUACGCCUAUAUACAACUGAAAGACUACAACAGAGCAAUUGAUGAUGCCAAGAAAGCCCAGCAGCUGCAGCCAGGUCUGGCACUGGCCUUCUUAAGAACAGGAGUUGCAGAGUAUCACCUAAAUAACUUCAUUGCUGCACAUCAGGCCUUCACAGCUGGAAAAGAGCUGGGUGGUUCCAGUGAAAUCUUGCAAACAUGGAUCCAGCACUGUGAGGAGAAAGUGGCAACACACUGUCAAAGUGGAACCUCAAAUUUGCAGGAAACAACCAGCCUGCAUGUCAAACAUGACUGGUACCAGACAGAAUCGCAAGUCGCAGUGACCAUAAUGGUGAAAAACACCAAGGAGGAAGAUGUGGCUGUUACUUUUGGUGAGAGGGAGCUUACAGCUGUGGUGAAGCUUCCAUCAGGAGAAGAUUACAACCUAAAGGUCCAUCUUCUGCAUCCUGUGGUCCCAGGACAGAGCUCUUACAAGAUUCUUUCAACCAAGAUAGAGAUAAAGAUGAAGAAGACUGAAGCCAUUCGGUGGGAAAAACUGGAAGGAGGCGGCACACUGCCCAACAUCAAGCACUUCACUCCCAACCAAUACCCAUCAUCUUCCCACUACACACGCAAUUGGGACAAGGUGGUGGGUGAAAUCAAGGAGGAGGAAAAAAGUGAGAAUCUGGAGGGAGAUGCUGCACUCAACAAGCUGUUCCAGCAGAUCUACUCAGAUGGCUCGGACGAGGUCAAGCGGGCAAUGAACAAGUCCUUUAUGGAAUCAGGAGGCACUGUCCUCAGCACUAAUUGGACAGAUGUUGGCAAAAGGAAAGUGGAUAUGAACCCACCUGAUGAUGUAGAGUGGAAGAAGUAUUGAGGGGAAGAAAGAUGAUGACAUUGUGCACACUACCAUGAUCAGAUUUAAGUCCUAAUACUCCUCUUCAUUUGGUCCAUUCUGCCUCCUUCACAUUACGCCACUUUUACAGACUCAGAAUUAUUCUUGGACUACAGCAUAGUUCAACUCUAGACUUUUCUAUUUUUAAGAGUUCUCGAGUCUAAGAUUAGUCUUAGUCUGGAUUCACGAAACUAGCCAAUUACAUUUUAAAAGCAUCUUCCCAUAUUUCUUUUUCUUCAUGCAUGUUUCAGCAGUCUUCAAGUUGCAUUCUCUGUAAAUUAGCAUCUCAUUUAAACAAAACAACUGUUGAGCAUCUUUACUAUAAAAUCUCUUUGGCCUCACUGAUGAAUGUUCUUUACUUUUGUGAGCUAGAGUAUGUUAGGUCUCCACCUUUGAAAUGUCUGUGCCUCAAAAUUAAUUUCGACAAACUGUUCUGAUGUGCUGUUCUGUUUUGAUGUUCUUGAGGGGACAUGCUUUCCUGUAUAUGAUAUUGGUGUAAAUAAAUGUCUCUGGGUCUCUCUCAAAAAUAAAAAGGCAGACUGCUAAAGAGUAAACAUGGUCAGGGAUUUUCAAACUUUUUGAUGCCAAGGACCGCUAAAUGUGAUCAGUUUGAAAACCCCUGAACAUGGUUACCAUAGUUCCUACAGUUAUCACAGCGGUAAAAACAUGGUAUGGUCUCCCCUUCAAACAGUGUAAGAGGAUGCCAUUUAAUUUCCUUUUUAAUGUGGUGGCUUAAGUUUCCUCAGUGUU